ACAGUUCUUUUGCAGCGUGCAUUACGAGCCAUCGCAGAUUGCCGGUCUUAGCAGCCGCUCAAUGUGAGCUCGUUCUGAGCAUGCGUUCUAAACAUCGCCCUCAAGUAUGGCCUGCACAGGGUUUUAAAAAGGUCUAUCUGUUGUCGAAUGGACGUAAUAACGGCCUCCCUUCAACGACAGACUUCCUUCGGGCCUCGAUUUGAAGAGUCGUCGCUUGGAUGGGCCUGUCAUGCGGAAAACCGGCAGCGGGUCUCCAACUGCGCUCAGAGAAAGGAGCGUUUCUAAACCUAAGACAAGGACGAAGACGAGUCCGACAUCCUCCAAACUGAUGUCGUGGUCGAGCUCUCCAGAGACCAUGUCGAGGUUGGACAGCUUUCAGGACCUGGCGGACCGCAAGUGCCAGGUCACCACUAUAAUCAUCGCCAUCUCUCUGGUCUUCUGGCUGUCCGGGGUUCCAAUCAUGCGGCGAUACUUCGGCAAGACCAGGAUUCAGGAGCUAACAUGUCAUUCGGCGUUGUGUGUCUCCCUGCAGGAUGCGAUGCGCGACUUGCUGACCACCGACGUCGACCCCUGCGAGGACUUCUACACGUACGUCUGCGGUCGCUGGACCAGACACGCGACGAGGUAUUCGUCCUUCCACGAAGACCACCGUCGCGCGGCCAAGAGCGCCGUUCACACGCACUUCAUGGCCUCGCACAAUCCUGAACGCGAACGAAGCGUCCACGCCUCCAUGUCCACGUUGUAUAGGAACUGCAUCGAUCACGUAGGAAAGCAGAAAACGGUGCGCCAGAUCAUGGCUGAGGUGCUCAAGGCGCUAGACAUCAACGUCACCUCAUGGCGCUCUAUGGCCAUCGGCGAGCUGAUGCCCUCUCUCGUGGAGCUGAACCUUUUGUACGACAUGGCGUCCUUGUUUUGGGUCAGGUUGACGAGGAACGCGAGUUUGAGCAUCGGCCUCGGGCAAACGAUCCGAAACUGCUCGGCGAGCGCGUACAGCGUAGACAAGCUUUAUAUUUACGUCACGUCCAUGAUUGAGGCUGUAACUCCUGGUCCCUGGGGCGACGACAUGGUUCAAGGGGUUGUGGAGUUGGAUGAUGCCCUUCACCAAGCGACGAAUACCCCCGAUUCGAGUAAGCUCGUGCCGAUUGGUCAACUCAAUCUUGAAAACGUCACGGCCCAAACUUGGAUGCGAUCCGUCAACGCCAUCGUACCAUCUCCAACAGGCAUAAACUCUAGUGCGAUCGUAAACACCACGGGCCUUUCAAAUCUCCAAAGAGCAUUCGUUAUCUUCAGCAAGGCGAGCAGCUACGUACGAGCCAUGCACCUUAUCAUUGUCUUAACGUCGGAUGUGGUACGCUACGAGUUCUAUGACCGAUACUUUGACGCGGACAAACUGGGACACUAUGUGACGUGUACUGAGCUGGUCAGUCAGUUCUUCCACGAUGACUAUCCCUCGCUCGAGGCUUCCCUGCUCAUCAAGGACAACCGCGAAAGCAAAGCCCAGUUGUUAUUCCAGCGAACCAAGUCUUCAGUUAUGUUUGAAUUAAGAGGCAACUCAAACGUUUCGGUCGACGAGACUCAAAUCGCCCGGACCUUGAUAAAAAAAAUAGCAUUGCUGACUUUUUCGCCGUUUAACGAGUUCAAAAAUGCGACCCGCGUUUUCUCGGACGACUUUAUCAGGGACAUGUUUAUCGUUAGGAGGAAGUUGGCUGAGGCACGAAUCAGACUGGGCACGAACUUCAACGACACAGCAGAAAGGCUCUCUGCGAUACAGUGGAACGGGGGGCCUAACGUACGUCAAAUCCACCAACUCAGUAGUCGUGGCGUCUCAGAACCUCGUUCCGGCUUACUUCUACGUUAGGCAAGAUCAAGAACAUUUCAACUACGGAAUUUUAGCGACCCAGUUCGCCAAAGAGCUGUUGGGAGCUCUUCCGGACCAUUUCAGCACGAAUACAUCGUGCGGGAACACGCUCGAUUUCAAACUUCGCAGAUUUACGCACGCUCAAAGAGUCGAACUCUUGAGACUUUCCCAGGCCGCUCGCGCGUCCUAUAGAAUGUAUCGAGACCACUUUGGCUCGCGGUCCGCGUACACCUGGGAGGAACAAGUAGCCAUCGACCGACUCUUCUUUCAGCGUCUCUGUACAAUGUUCUGCAGUCACGCUCUCCUCGAACACAGACCAUCUUUCCUGCGUAUGCGCCACAGGUGUCAGAUGCCACUCGAGAGCAUGCCCGAAUUUCAGCACGCGUACCAGUGUGCCUCCAAGGCGGACCAGAAGCUUGCCACCAAGGCUAUGUGUCCACCUGUGGAGCCGAUGUCUUCCUAACCUCUUCACAAUCAUGAAUAUGUUUAAACCUUUGUGAGAUUAAGUUUGUUUUUUAUAUCAUGCUAUUGAAUGGGGCCUACCGCACAGGGAAAGUAUAAUCGCUUAAAAUAACACCGGGUAUUCCUGCAGCCUCGCGAAGAAGGGCAAGUCAGUUCUCAUACUUAAAAUAAGCUAUACUCUUCACAUCAAGAAAAAAGGACGUUCUGCGUGAAAUUGUUCUUACAAGACUUGGUUGUCGAAAAUAGAAGCGAUAAUUGUGG